CCUACUCCACGGGUUGCAACUAGGGUUUAUCUUUUAUUAGGUGCUCACAGAUUAUAGUUACAUGAUUGGGUAUUUAUAAGAUAUAAAUUAGGGUUAACAACUUGCUAAACAAGAAACAACUAAUGGGCCCUUUAAUUAAUAACUAAAACCGGCCCCCCAUAUUUCUUCUCUUUAACCGACCGGGCUUUUAAAGCCCAAAGCUCUAAAGCCUUCACCGAAUAACCCAACAGGCUUUUCACAGGUCCUAGUUGUAUCAGGAGAGACUGGUUGUGGUAAGACUACACAGCUUCCUCAAUUCAUUUUGGAGGAGGCGAUAUCAUCUUCACGUGGCGCUAGUUGCAAUAUCAUUUGUACUCAGCCUCGUCGCAUAUCUGCCAUAUCUGUUGCAUCUCGGAUCUCCUCUGAAAGGGGCGAAAAUCUAGGAGACACUGUUGGUUACCAGAUCCGUCUGGAGUCAAAGCGGUCAGCUGAAACUAGGUUACUCUUCUGUACUACAGGGGUGCUGCUGCGGCGACUGGUCCAGGAUUCAUUUUUAACUGGAAUUACCCAUUUGUUGGUGGAUGAAAUUCAUGAGCGAGGAUUGGAUGAAGAUUUUCUCCUAAUCAUUUUACGUGACCUUCUUCCUCGGCGUCCUGAUUUGCGUGUCAUUCUUAUGAGUGCAACCAUUAAUGCUGAACUGUUCUCUAAGUACUUUGGAAAUGCACCCACGAUUCAUAUACAGGGACUAACUUAUCCCGUGGCAGAGUUAUUUCUAGAAGAUGUAUUAGAGAAAACUUCGUACAAUAUAAAGUCUGAUUUUGACAACGUUCAGGGAAGCUCGAGGAGAAGACGCCCUCAACAAGAAUCUAAGAAGGAUCCUUUGUCUGAAUUAUUUGAGGAUGUGGACAUUGAUUCUCAUUACAAGGGCUACAGUAUAGCCACAAGGCAAUCUCUUCAUGCUUGGUUGGGCUCACAGCUUGAUUUGGGCCUUGUAGAAUCAACAAUACAGUAUAUCUGUCGUCAUGAAGGUGAUGGUGCAAUUCUUGUAUUCCUUACGGGUUGGGAUGAUAUUUCUAAGCUGCUUGAUAAAAUUAAAGUAAAUAGUUUCCUUGGAAAUUCAAGGAAAUUUUUGGUUCUCCCUCUACAUGGAUCAAUGCCUACAGUAAACCAGCGAGAAAUAUUUGACCGCCCACCUCCUAAUGUUAGGAAAAUUGUUCUUGCAACAAACAUUGCAGAAAGCAGUAUAACUAUUGAUGAUGUGGUGUAUGUCAUUGACUGUGGAAAGGCUAAAGAGACAAGCUAUGAUGCGCUUAACAAACUGGCGUGUUUAUUACCAUCAUGGAUCUCAAAGGCAUCAGCACAUCAGAGACGUGGUCGUGCUGGUCGUGUGCAACCUGGGGUUUGUUACAGAAUGUAUCCAAAACUAGUGCAUGAUGCUAUGCCACAAUAUCAAUUACCUGAGAUUCUUAGAACACCUUUGCAAGAGCUUUGCCUCCAUAUUAAGAGCUUGCAGUUGGGAGCUAUUGGUUCAUUUCUGAACAAGGCUCUUCAACCCCCAGAUCCUCUCUCUGUUCAAAAUGCUAUCGAACUUCUGCAAACAAUUGGUGCUCUUGAUGAUGCGGAGGAACUUACCUCACUCGGGCGCCACUUGUGCACUUUGCCCUUGGACCCAAAUAUUGGGAAGAUGCUUCUCAUGGGCUCCUUCUUCCAAUGCCUAAACCCUGCCCUGACAAUUGCUUCUGCUCUUGCGCAUCGUAACCCAUUUGUUCUCCCUAUAAAUCGGAAAGAGGAAGCAGAUGCUGCUAAAAGAUCCUUUGCUGGUGACUCUUGCAGCGACCAUAUUGCCCUUCUCAAAGCUUAUGAAGGCUGGAAAAAUGCUAAGCGUCAGGGUAAUGAAAAAGCAUACUGCUGGGAAAACUUCUUGUCACCAAUAACCCUGCAAAUGAUGGAAAAUAUGAGAAUGCAAUUCCUUGAUCUACUGUCUGAUAUUGGGUUUGUUGAUAAAUCCAAAGGUCUCAAGGCUUACAAUGAAUACAGUAAUGACUUGGAGAUGUUAUGUGCAAUUCUCUGUGCUGGGCUAUACCCUAAUGUUGUUCAGUGCAAAAGAAGAGGAAAGCGGACCACAUUCUACACAAAGGACGACGGAAAAGUUGAUAUUCAUCCAGCUUCUGUCAAUGCCAAUGUUCACCUCUUCCCCCUCCCUUUCAUGGUCUACAGUGAAAAGGUCAAAACAAGCAGCAUCUAUGUAAGAGACUCCACAAACAUUUCGGACUACACACUUCUCAUGUUUGGUGGCAAUCUCAUUCCUAGUAAAAGUGGAGAUGGUAUCGAGAUGCUUGGAGGGUACCUCCACUUUUCCGCAUCAAAGAGCGUGUUAGAAUUAAUAAAGAAAUUGAGGGGAGAACUCGAUAAACUACUGAAGAGAAAGAUUGAGGAGCCGGGCCUUGACUUCUCAACCGAGGGAAAGGGUGUCGUUGCUGCUGUUGUUGAGUUGCUACACAGUCAGAAUAUUCGGUAUUGAUUUUUGUGUACUAUUAUAAAACUUAAUUUAUCGAUAAAUAAUACAGCCCUUUAAAAAAACCUUGACCUUCAAAAGGCUUGAUGUUGCAAUUUAAAAUUCUUGAUUGAUGUUAUUUUUUUUAAUGAUCAACAAUUUGUUCACCCAU